GGUAGCAUAGCCAAACUGAAUUACUACUCAGAUGUUCAGCGAGUUUGUUCAACAGCCAUCUGAAUCCGAUGGUGAUUGGGAGGUUCAUGAUCCCUUUAAAAAUUUCAAAUUUACUCGUUAUUUAAAGGAAGAGGUUGUUCAGUCGAUAAGAAAAAAACAAUAUGAAGAUGGUACAAGCAAAAAUGGUCCAUUUACCAAUCGUGCGUAUACAUUUAUCACGAUCCCUCGAUAUUUAGAAUCGUUUAUGGUAUACGGUAUGUUGCAGUGUUUGGAUCAUUUGUUGGUUAUUUAUACAUUUCUUCCAUUACGUUGUCUUCUCACGAUCUUAAAGUUGAUAAUAAGAAUAUUCAGUGGAAUAUUCCAAUUUUUCACAUCUUUUAACCAAUAUCGUGAUGCACCUUUAUCGAAGAUUUCUCGGUUAAAUUUACUGUAUAAUUAUGAACUACGUGAUCUGAUCAAAUUUUCUUUAUUGUGCAUAUGUACUGUUAUUUUAACAAAAUAUGACAGUUCCAUGGCUUAUCAUGAGAUAAGAACACAAUCGGUGAUAAAGAUUUAUAUCUUUUUCAAUUUACUCGAGGUUGCAGAUCGUUUGUUAUCUGCUGUCUGUCAAGAUGCGUUGGAUGAUUUACUAUUCACAGUCAGUAAACCACGAUCUGAUUCAGUUUUAACGAAUGAUUUCGAAGAAAAUAGUUUCAUUUUUUGGCGUGAUGUUGUUCUACAAUACUGUUUUGCUUUCUUUUGUCUCAUAGCCCACUGCUUCCUUCUGUUAUGUCAAGUUACUACUUUAAACGUGGCAUUUAAUUCACAAAACAAAUCAUUGAUCACUGUGUUUAUUUCAAACAAUUUUGUUGAAUUAAAAGGUAAUGUAUUUCGUAAAAUGGGAAAAACAAAUUUAUUUCAAAUUGCCUGUGCUGAUGUUCGUGAACGAUUUCAUUAUUGUAUUUGGUUUUCUAUUAUUGUAUGCCGUAAUAUGAAUGACAGUGGAUGGAAUUUAGAUGAUCUUCAAACAAUUCUCAUUGAUGUAACUUAUAUUCUUCUGGCAGAAGUUGCCGUGGAUUGGAUAAAGCAUUCGUUCAUUACCAAAUUUAAUGUGAUUCCUUCAAAUGUCUAUGAAGAAUAUACCGUCAGCAUUGCGUAUGACCUAUUAUUAUGCCAUCAAGGAAAGAAUACAUCAGAUUACUCCGACCUUCUUUCACGUCGUAUGGGUCUGACUCCAAUUCCCCUUAGUUGUUUAAUUAAUGCUAUGCUCUUUCAAACGAUAAGGAAUCCCAGCACUCUUUGCCUUACUUUGCCAUUUGUCGUGUCUAUACUGUUUGCAGUUAAAGUUGCAACUAAUCUUACCCUUAUGUCCAUGGCUUAUUCUCAUGUACGUGAUUACAUAAAUGCGGCAAGUACUGUUCCCCCGGAUGAAAAUUGUUUCUUCAACAGUGAUAAAGCUGCUGAUGUUUUCACAGCUACAGAAAAGGAAAGUGUAAAACAGCCUCAACAUAUUCACUCAGAAAAGGAGACUCGGAUAUCAAGAAAACCUUUUGGUUUUACCGGUUAUGAUCAGCCGACUAGGGAUGAAGACUGCUUUUUGCCGACGGGUCUUAGGUAUCGAAAAUUCAAAAGUGACUCAGGUCCCGUAGAUGUAAUGGCUAAUAUGGACAUAAAUCACUCAUUAACUUCCGAGGAUACAUCAGAAUUCGCUGGAAAUAAGCUUAGAAUGUUAAGUCCAAUUUCUGCGGGUGGCGUUUGGAAUGAACUGAUUGAGCCAUACCAAUCAAUUAUGGCUUCUGCGAACGGGACACCAAAGAGUCUAUAUGAACAUAAUGAACUGGCUUCACUAACACCUAUUAGUCGAUUUGGGUCCGCCAAUCGCAUAUCGAAUCCUGGGAAUAAUAAAUCCGAAACCGAGUACGAACGUAGUUUCCAUGAAUUAUGUAUGUUCCAAACUGAAGACAAAUCUCAAUUUACUGCGUACACAAAUACACCAAUAGCCACACCACAUUACGAGGGAUUGCAAGUACGCAACAGGUAUGAGAUGACUAGUAUUCUAAGUGAAUUAUAUGACAAUAAAGACAAUUCAUUUACAGCAAUGGUACGACCUCCUAGUGUUUGUGGUUUAUUAAGACCAAGGUAUUACAGUAUCGACCUAGGUAUUCUAAGUACUUUUCUGAAGUCUAUGGAAUGCAAUACACGUAUUACAGAUGAAACAUCAAUUGAUGACGGAAGUUCUCACGAAAACGAACCGAAGAUUACUUAUAUUUCCGAUUCCAUUCACAAACGCCGUAUACGUACUAUGACUGAAAGUUCAGGUACUGCGCCUUUGCAUCCUCCAAGAGAUCCUACAAUACCAAUUCUAUGGGAGCGAAGCAGCAGAAAUAGUACAGUCAAUCAAUUCCGUUUGGAUCAACUGAAACCAACAACUCCCGGACGAGUUAAGCAACCACUGUCUGACAUUGAUCGUUAUUCAAUGGUAGAAGGACAAAUUAGCUGAUUAAAAUUGUGCAAUAUGACGAGUGUACAUUUCUUGUAUCUAUAUUUUUCAAUAAAGAAAUAUUUUCAUCAGUUUUGUA